CCUUCUGAUUGCAUAGACUGUUUUUGAAAGGAAACAAGCGGGGUCGAAGAGCUGCUUUCCUUUCCCAAGACCUACAAGCUGCCCUGUCUGAGCAAGCAGCUGAGAACAAUGUUACAAAUUCAGGAGAAGUUUUUGGGGCUGACUAAACUGUAGUGUAUAUGUGCAUGUGUGCAUGUGCAUUUGCAUGCAUGAAUGCCUCUCUGUGGGGGGUGGGUAUCUGAAAGUGUUUACUUCUUUUAAUUAGAGAGAAGAGUACAUUCUUCUUACUUGCAAGAUGUCUGCACCUGUUGACAUUCUGAUGCCUUUUUCAGCAGAAGCAGCAAACUCUAGGAUUUCUCCCCUGACUGUCAGAUCUGGGAAGUCCUGAAUUGCAAUCUUUUUGUCACUGUCAAUGGAAAGAAGACCCUCGGGAGUCCCUUCAGCCUUACAACAAAAUCUGUGAAGCUUGAACAAGUGGCCUUCCCAACAUGUACCGCAUCUCUCAGCUUACAUCUACACCAAUAGCAAGUUCUCCGACACUGGAAAGAGAAUCAAGUGGGACUCUAUCACCUAAGUGCAUUUUCCCAAGUUAUGCAUGUACUUUUCUGGAUGGUGACAGCCCCUUGGAAUGCUGUUCCACAAAUCCCCUGACAGGCUCUCACUUUAUUUGCCGCCGAAGUCCCCGGCUCCUCACCAAUGGCUAUUACAUUUUGACAGAGGACAGCUUCCUUUCUGAUGAAGAUGGCAACAUCACUCUGAGUCCCACUCAGACCAGUGUUGUCUACAAAGAGAACUCGGUCAGAAUAUUCAGGAAAAAAAAGAAAAUCCGCCGUUCUCUCUCUGAGCUAUUCAAUCUCAGUGCCUCUAAACCUUGGCUUCAUCAAGGUGUCUUUAGUGAUACGGACUCUUCCCAAGAAGAUGUAUUGAUUGAAGGAUCCAGGAACUUUGAGGAUGUUUAUCAGUUUUACAAGGAUGGUAAUCAAGGUCAUUCUGAAUUUUCUUCCUCACCCCAAUCAUGGUUGUCAGACAAACAAACUCCAGAUUCUUCUGAGAUCUCAUCAUCCAUCAAUGUAGUCCUUCAGCAUUCUAAAGAGAAUCUGUGUGCUGUGCCUUCUCAGUCUCAACUGAUUAUUCCAGAACAUUUCCAGGAGGGAAUUUUACAUCAUUCACAGUCCAGUACAUUUCAAGAUGUCCUUUUUCCAGUAGUUGGAUUUGCAAUAUGCUUAAUCAUUUCAGCAUGUACAAGAUGCUCUCUAGAAGACUCAUUCAUUGCCCUUUUGACAUUUUCACUGAUGUUCAUCAUAAUUUAUCUUGUCAAGUCUCUGCGUCUUAGCCCUUCCAGUGCUUUCAAAACUAGUGACCAAGCAUGAUUUGCCAAAGAAUGAAAACAAUCCCAGCAUUUCCAGAGUAACUUUCUGACAUCUGAAUGUUAAGAAAUCAGUUGAAUUACAAUUAAUUCUUAUUUUUCCACAAUAAUAGAGGAAACAACAACAUGGACAAUACUAAAAUUCA